AUGCCCAUGCGAAUGCCACCCCAGGUUAUUGUCGUCUUCUGCUGGGUCUCUCACGCUGCCGGCUUGAUCGCACGGCUGUCCCUCGGCGGCUUCGUCCUCGGCACUGCUCUUCUCCUGGCUGUAGCGGUUUACCGUCUCUUCUUGCACCCCUUGUCUCGCAUUCCAGGCCCCAAACUUGCCGGCGUCACCAACUGCUGGCUCGCCUACCAUGUCCGAAACGGCCGCAUGCUCCAGCUGGGCAAGACGCUGCACACUGAGUAUGGCCCGGCUGUCCGGGUUGGCCCCAACGAGGUCUGGUUCAACACCAAGGAUGCCUUCAGGUUGAUCUACAGCCCAACCAAUGGCUAUGACAAGUCAUCCUUUUACUUGGCCACGGAGCUGCUCAAGCCCAAGCUCGACGCGCGCCUCGGCAUCCAGUCGCCCGACACGCUCGACCUCCUUGCCGAGCGCGACAUGAAGCGCUACCGCCUGCAGAGGCGUCUGAUCGGCCCCAUUUACCACACCAACAAUGUCAAGCGCUACGAGGCCGCCGUCGACGCCGUCCUGCUCCGGGUCAUUGACCAGCUGCGGGCGCUGGACGGGGCCGAGGUGGACCUGAAGGAGUGGAUGCACAUCAUCACCGUCGAGUGCCUCGGCGCCGUCAGCCUGUCGUGGUCGCCCGGCUACCUGGCCGAGAAGUCGGACGGCGCCUCUGGCAAGCACGCCUACAUGGGCUGGAGGCGGAAGAGCGUAUUCGGCCUCUUCCCCCUCGCCGUUAUCAUCGAGCCGCUAUCCAGACACUUUGGCCGAGCCUUCUCCGUUCUCUGGGGCGUGACCUACCACACCCCCAAGGAGGGUUUCAAGCCUUUCUUCCCUGCCGUGCAGAAGAAGAUCAGCUCGCGGGUGCGGGCAGUCCUGCGCGGCAAGUCCCGGGGCGACAACCGCAGGGAUAUCACGGCCGACCUGAUCCAGCUGCACCAGGACCGGCCCGACGAGUUCAAGCUGCCGUACCUCCGGCGCAUGGCCAUCACCAACUUCGGCGCUGGCCACGAGACCAUGACCUCGACGCUGAUCUCAACCUUUGCGAUGCUCGGCACCCACCCCGAGGCCCAGCAGCACGUCGCGCGCGAGGUGGUGCCCUUGCGUUCGGAGCCCUUCGCUUACGACGACGCGGUGCGCCUCCGGCUCACUCAGGCGAGCAUCAGGGAGGCCCAGCGGCUCCAUCCCGUGAUCGGCAUGGCACUGCCGCGGAGGGUGCCGAGCAACGGCAUGGUCGUCCACGGGCUGGCCAUCCCGCCCGGCACGACCGUCGGCUGCAACCCGGUGUCCCUGCACCGCAGCCGGGACAUCUUCGGAGAUGACGCGGACGUCUUUAGACCGGAGCGGUGGCUUGGCGGUGAUGAUGAUGACGGCGACGGUGACGAGGAGAAGACCAGAGCCAUGGAGCGGUAUAAUCUCAUCUGGGGUGGGGGCGCGCGGACCUGCCCUGGUAGGCACCUCGCUGAGAUGUUGGUCUCCAAGAUUGUGCCUGCGCUGGUUGCGAACUUUGAGGUCGAGGUCACCAUGCCGCCUGAGGAGGAGAUCCCGUAUUACUUCAUGGCCAUGCUUACUGGUGUCAGGGCCCGGUUUAUCCCCAGGGAGUUAGCAUCAGAGGAACACGAGGUGGUUGAGUGUGGCUCUGUUGGCGCAAAAUCGGGUACCUAG